UAUCCGUAAAUGUCCAAUUUUUGGAUCAAGCAUGUAUUCAUACUAAAACGAGGUUGCAAGCCAAGCUUGCUGGGACAUAACACGCAGGAUUUGAAGAUAUCUUGCUACCAUGUCGGAUGGUACCCCAGCCAAACGACAAAAACUUGGAGAAGAGCCUUGCAAAGGACGGUGUCUCAAAGAGUUAGAAGGUUUAGAAUACAACCUUGUACAGUAUAAUCUCUCGGAAAAUACAAAACUGACGCUGGGGCCAUUUUUUCAAAAGGAAAAUCCAGACCUUGAUGCGUUUUACGUUCCACCAACGCUCUCUAAAGUUUUGCCAAUGAGGUUGGCUACUGGAUAUGCCAGUUAUGAAAAAGAACCAAUAACUAGUCUAGAGCAACUGUUGAAUCCACUUGACAGGCGCAAAAGAUUUAGCUGCAUCACAUCAAAUGCUGGAUUGGGCAAGACCUCGUUCUGCAAAUUUUUAGCUCGUUUAUGGUGCGCCGUAAAGAAAAACGACAUUUACCUCUUAGAAGAAUUCAAAGGGAAGGCAGAUUACUUGCAUGACGUAGAAUACUUAAGAAAGUUUAACUACCUUUUCUUUGUCAGUCUUAAAGAUGUCGAAGGCAAUAAUCUGAAUGUUGAAGACAUUAUAUUUAGUCAUCUGCGAAACAACAUCGAUGACAGAUGGGAUAAUGAAAACAACAAACGAAUCUUACAAAACGACUUGACAGAAAAACAUAGUUUAAUCAUAUUAGAUGGUUUAGAUGAGAUAAACUUGUCUAAGUUCAUGUUUCCGCUUGAAUGUAGGAAAUACACAAUUAUUUGCACUUCCCGUCCUUGGAAACUUGGUGCAUUGGGCAUGCCUACAUCGAAAUACACGGAAAUCCAGCUUGAUGAAAUGACUUCUGAAAGUACACACAAACUUUUAAAGCACGCCAAUGUUUGCUUAAAUAGUCAGUCUGUCCUCAAGCGUGAUAUUGAUGAGUUUUUCACUGUUCUCACAGAACAGAACUUAGAGAAUCUAUUGCCAAAUCCACUCAUAGCUUUGCAAUUACUCUGCAUAUAUCACGAUCGCUAUGAUAUUAAUACAACAGGAACAAAACGCCACUUACUAGGAAAGACACGAACACAUAUGUACGCCAACGUAGUCGAUAUGAUGUUUAAACUCGCAGAAGAGAAAGCGCCAACAAGCUUUGAAAAGUUAAGAAAAAAUGAUCAUGAUAAGGGAAUCAUCCUGCCAACGGGAUUUGCUGAAGCUGAAACAUGUAACAGCAUACCAUCAUUCGUCUACAAUCUAGGACGGUUAGCAUUUGACGACAUAUUGCGACAAUCUGAAAAGCAGGAUAGUUUAGUCAGCCUAUAUGUACAGGACAAGCUGGACCAAGAUGAACAAAUCUUUCUUUUAACAUCUGGUCUCAUAACAGGAACUGCUUCCACCAAAUUCAGUGCAAAAACAAUGGUUUAUACAUUUUUGCACAAGACAUAUGAAGAAAUGCUAGCAUGUGUAUACAUUUCCACAUUGCCUUUGAACAGCAAUCAUUGGCAUUGCUUUGAAUCAUACUUCAAAGCAAAUGUAUCCUCCGACAUGAUGUCGUUCUUGUGUGUUAUGAACAAUGAGCAAGGAGAAAAGUGUUCAGAGAUGUACAGUUCAAUUGAACGAGUUUUCUACAGGGAUGGAAAAUAUCACGAGAAUGAAUUGAUCAGUUAUCAGAAUGCUGUGCUUAUGGCAUUUGAGGAAUGCAUCAACAGUGGAACACUAAAAGCAGGUAUUGUUUUGAAACACAUGCUUAUAGACAGAAAAAAAAACACGGGACCGCCUUGUCCAUUGGUGGUACAAAAUAUGCAUAAUAUUGAUACAUUGCAUUUGAUAUCUUCUGAACGAGAAAAAGACAUAGAUGUGGAAUUUAGAGAUAAUAUUAAGUUGACAUCAUUACGGACUCUUAUCAUUACUGGCAAUAAUGAUACAUUGAUGCUUGAAACACUAACGGAACCGUCAUGUGGACAUUUACGAUUUCUUUUCAUCAAUGAUGUGGAGUUAAAGCAAAAGCAUUUAGACCUAACAGGAUGCACUCAUUUGUCUAAUAUUGAAUUAGAAAAUGUUUGUUUUUCUUCCGUGCAAAUAAACGCAGAAAAUUUAGAACAGUUCUGGAUGUACUUUGAAACCCAAUUCCAACAAACUUGGCUUCCAACAGAGCUAGAGCUAAAACUAAAAGGAAACUUUUCUGCAAAACUGAAAGAAUUGAGUGUCAUGUAUGUGAAGCUAAACAUUGCCAUCGACUUGUCAGAGUGUGUGAACUUGCAGAAAUUAGUAUUAGAACAUAUAUCUUCUAGUGCGGACUACAAUGCAAAAUGUUUUCAAAACUUUGAGCAUUUAACCCGUUUGAAAGAGCUACGAUUAGAUUCAUUGCAGUAUCCAAACAAUGCCACAAUUGACUUAUCUGGAAUGAAAGACCUCGAACACCUUAGGAUAGUAAACGUGAAAAUGAACAAAGCAGUCAUUGCGGCUGAAAACCUAAGUGAACUAUGGGUAUACUAUAGUAAACCAAUAGCAAAUACGAUUAAACCACUGAUUGUUUCAGUUCCUAUGUCAUCAACCUUUACAAACAAUCUGGAACAGCUUAGUCUUGUUCAUGUUGAACUGAAUGGACAGUUUGAUUUGUCACAGUCAUGUAGACUAAAACAAAUGAUAGUGCGCAAUGUGUCUACAGAACAAGGAAUGGCUGUUUUAGAUGUUUUAGCAAACUGCAAUGAUAUGGAAGACCUACGCAUUGAAGCAUUAAAUUCGCACGAAAAUAAGGUAUUAGACAUGUCACAUAUGACGAAUCUAAAAUGUUUGUACAUCGAUGUGCUGACCUUAGAUGUGCAGAUUGAAAAAAUCCCAACUGAAAAUUUAGAAAUAUUUUGGACGUAUACCUCUGAACCGAAACAGCAAAUACGUCCGCCAAAAGAGCUUCAUCUUCCAGAAAACGCUAAAUUUACCAGAUGCAUUCGUGAAUUAAGUCUAGAGAAUGUUCAUGUAGACGAGACUGAUUUAUCCAUGUGUGAAAAUCUGUCGAUACUUCGUGUUGAUGAAAUGUCUCAAUCUGUUGUAAAAACAGUUUGUUCAGAUUCAAUAGAAGAACUGUAUCUGGUUAACAUAACCACGGGUCGAAUCGAAAUGGUUCUCAGGGAUAAAGAAUGGAGCAGGCUGUCAAAACUAUCGUUUGAGCGAUGUGAACAGGAUUUCAUUUCGCUCAUUUUAGAUGAUGCAAGCAAUUUGCAGACAUUGCAAAUACUGCGAUUCAAGAACACUCGAGUAGAAAAAAUUGUCGACCAAUGCGCCGAUAUGUGUAUUCAUGAGAUGGAAUUUGAAAAUUUGUCACUACCUGGCGCAUUGCUUAUUGAUAUUGCAAACCAAUUUUCAAAGCACUCCAAAGCUUUGAAAUGCAACGUUCGGAAUAGCAUAAUUUUGAGCACAAACAUUAAAGACAUUUUCGCCAAAAUGAAGAACAUUUGUCGAAAUUUUGAAAGUCCAAUUAUUAAAGACAGACUUGAUCAAACAUCCAACCAUCAAAUCGAUCAUCUUCACUUUGAGACGAACCAUUGAAAGAAUCGAAUGGAUACCUCAUAUAUCAGAACUUCCGUCUCCAUCUUUUACAUUUUACGUUCUCAACCUCAUACUCUGAAUAUCUAUCAAUUGCGUUUUUAUAUCACAUGAAAACACACGAAAACGUAACAAAAAACAACAACACAAUACGCAUUAAUUAAACAUGUUGAACAAUAAAUAAUGGCGAAUCAUAUUUCGGAACGGUCCUGGAAGCACAAUGGAAAUCUUUGCAGGACAGUACUAAUUUACGAAUACAUCACCUUUGUUCCAACAAUAAGUAAUAAAAGCUAAAGUUAAAACUAAUCGUCGCUAUAUUUAACGUCCUAGCUCCAUAUCAUAACAUUACUUCAUUUCCACCAUCCGUUCUGUGUUCAUGGUCUUGGUGGCAUUUGUACGACGCGAAUGGAUGCCUCAUAUAUCAACUUCCGUUUCCAUCUUUGAGCCAUAAGUUCAGUACAUGCUUUGGAAACCGAAACCCUUAGCUAAGGCGCUACAUGUAUACAUCCCAUAUAUCCGGCUUUGGAUGUCACUGGAACACUCAAAGUGAUUGAUAAAAUCAAUUGUAACAUUAUUUUCAAUUUUUGGCGCAAUUUUAAAAAAGUAACUCGUAGCCUAAAUAAGUCAUAUACAUGUGCAAGGAGUUUGUUUUUAUAAAGGGUUUAAGUCACUGUGUUUUUUGUUGUGAAAGUAAAACCUGAUUUGAAUAUAUUCAUGAGAAGUACAAUUUGUAAUAGAUGUAAUUUGUUGUUUUGUAAUUUUUCAGCUAAUAUGUGUUUGUGGUUCACUAUCAUUGUUGAUUCUGUAUGUAUUUGCAUUAAAUUUUAUCUAGUGUAUGCAAUGUUACAAUUUCCGUACUGCAAGUAUAGGAAUUCUUUAAAAAUGAUAUAUAUUUGGAAAUAAAAAUAAAUGAAAACUGUAUGUUC